ACCUUUGUCCUUUCGCUAUUUGCAGCGCGUGUCUGUGUUGGUGUCAGCGCACAUGUCGUCAAAUCGACGACGUUGUUGUCUUAGUUUGCGCAUGUUCGUUGUAUUUGCGUGUGUUUUUCUUGCGGUGAUUUGCGUCGCGUUCGGCUCUGUCGGCCACCGUAGAUCUGCCUGUGAGUCCCGGUGCAGGGCACAGGAGCCCUUGUGUCCUGUCACUGAGCCCUCUGUCGUGUUUGACUCAAUAAACAUCGAGUCUGUGAACUUUCAGACGUCACGUGCUCAAACUAGGAAACUCUCAGAAUCACUUUGUGACUUUGAUCGUCGCGGAUUCUGGUUUGAGGUUCGGGGACUCGUGUGGUCGCAGGAGGAUCGUUGUCGUCACUGGACUCGAGUAACGGCGGAGUGAACCAGCAACACACACACACACACACACGGUGGAGAGGCAAUGUGGUGGUUCCAGCAGGGUCUGUGCUUCCUGCCCGCCGCUCUGGUCGUCUGGACGUCGGCGUCCUUCGUCUUUGCGUAUAUCACAGCGGUGGUGCUGAGACAUGUGGAUCCUCUUGUGCCGUACAUCAGCGACACAGGAACGAUGGCACCAGAGAGGUGUGUGUUCGGCAUCAUGCUGGAUGUGUCGGCCUUUUUAGGUAUGGCCACGGUCUACGUGCGUUACAAACAGGUGGAGGCUCUGACAGGUGAGGACAAGCUAACGCUCCACAGAUUCAACCGCUUGGCGCUGCUGCUCGGCUGGAUCAGCUCCCUCGGGAUGUGCGUGGUCGCCAACUUCCAGAAGACCACACUGUUCUCCAUGCACCUGUUGGGUGCGGUGCUCACCUUCGGGGUCGGGGCUCUCUACAUCCUGGUCCAGAUGCUGCUGUCGCUCAAGAUGCAACCUCACGUCCACAGCAGGAGCAUUUACCUGAUCCGCCUCGGCAUCGGAGUCUGGACCCUGAGCAGCAUCAUCUCCAUGUUUGUAUCAUCAGUCAUCUUGUACAGCAGUUUACCAGGAGUGGACUUACCUCACAAAAUGCACUGGACUCCUGGAGAGAAGGGUUACACGGCUCAUCUCAUCAGCACCGUGUCUGAGUGGUCUCUGGCCUUUUCCUUCAUCAGCUUCUUCCUCACCUACAUCAGAGAUUUUCAGAAAAUUAGCUUGCGAGCGGAGGUAGAUUUGAAGAGCAGCCACCUGUACGACUCUCCACAUGGAAGCAUCGCGGGUUCACAUCAUCACAAACGUGAAGCCUCUGAGUCGUCUCCGCUGCUGGCAGGAGGAACGUGACCCACAGAAGGGCGUCUGACCAAAAUAUGCUUUUUCUAAUCACGUUUAACAAUUUCUUAUAGAGCGCUUCUAAAAGCCGUGGUGGCUCUUAAAGGGUCACUUCACCCAAACAUAUUUCCUGUCCUUCCUCUAAUGGGAUCCAUCAGUAGAGAUACCAAGCAGUGGAAUUUUGUAUAUUGUUUUUUUAUAUCUGAAAUGUGAGCCAAUGGAUUUAUAAACUGUAAGCGGGAAACACUCCAGUCCGCCAUGUUCAACUUACAGCAUCUUAAUGAUUUUUUUACAGUCUGUGAUUCUAAUUCCUUGUUUUGAGGAGAGUAUUAAUAUUUACAGCUCUUUUAUUGAAGUUGGGGGAGAAUCACUGACAAUAACAUUUCUCCCUGCUGGAGAUUCAGGAGCUUAAUUAACCUGAGUUAGUGCUAACCUGUAAUGCUAAUCUAACAGUUUAUCAUCGAUAAAUACAUUUUAAAAGUUAUGUAUUAAUUUUUUCACUAAAUAUUAAAACAAAUAUACAACAAAAAUAAAUGUGAGCUUUACAUGUGUGAACAAGAGCUGAUCGAGCAACACAUCCUAUUUUUAUAAUGCUGCAAACUUAGCUCUGUGGAAUUCACUGAAUCUUUCAGUCACAAGCUGAACUGAUUGUACUUCACAUUGAUCUGUUAACUGUUUUAUCUUCAGUGCACCUUUAACCUGUUUCCAUGUAAACCAGGUUUGAUAUUAUGUGAUUUCACUUGUUUAGAGAAACCGAGUCAUUCCUGAGAAGUAAAUGGGAAACACUUGUAAUGCUAAUUAGCAUUAGCACAGUAUAAAAGCAUUUUGACAUAAACGUGUCUAAAGACAAACUGUUGAUUAUUGUAAAUUGUCUGUCAACAAUUAUAACUUCUGUCAAGAAACUUCAGU